AUGUCGCGCUUUAAGGGAACCAUGGAGCGGGAUCCCCAGGCAGGUUUCAGAGCAGAGCGGAGAGACUGCACUACCUCGGUACCCCAGGGGCUGUUAAAGGCGGCAAGAAAGAGUGGCCAGUUAAACCUGUCUGGUAGGAACCUUAGUGAAGUGCCUCAGUGUGUCUGGAGAAUAAAUGUGGAUAUCCCUGAGGAAGCUAAUCAGAAUGUUUCAUUUGGUGCUACUGAGCGAUGGUGGGAGCAAACGGAUUUGACUAAACUUAUCAUAUCAAACAAUAAACUUCAGUCACUUACGGAUGACCUCAGACUCCUACCUGCUCUCACUGUUCUUGAUAUACAUGAUAAUCAGCUGACAUCCCUUCCUUCUGCUAUAAGAGAGCUAGAAAAUCUACAGAAACUUAAUGCCAGCCAUAAUAAACUGAAAAUACUGCCAGAAGAAAUUACAAACCUAAGAAACCUGAAGGGCCUGUAUCUCCAGCAUAAUGAACUAACUUGCAUACCAGAAGGAUUUGAACAACUCUUCAAUUUAGAAGAUUUAGACCUUUCCAGCAAUCAUCUUAAAACUGUUCCUGCUAGUUUUUCUUCUCUAUCCAGUCUGGUGCGGCUCAAUCUUUCCAGUAAUCAACUGAAGAGUUUGCCAGCAGAAAUAUGUAGAAUGAAACGAUUAAAGCAGUUGGAUUGCAAUUCAAAUCUCUUAGAAACUAUACCUUCUGAAUUGGCUGGCAUGGAAUCACUAGAAUUGCUUUAUUUGCAGAGGAAUAAAUUGCAUUCACUUCCAGAGUUUCCUUCUUGUAAACUAUUGAAGGAAUUGCAUGUAGGUGAAAACCAGAUUGAAAAGUUAGCGGCAGAACACCUUAAGCAUCUGAAUUCUAUCCUUGUACUUGACCUGAGGGAUAACAAGUUGAAAUCUGUUCCAGAUGAAAUUACACUACUAAAAUCUUUGGAAAGACUUGACCUAAGCAACAAUGAUAUUAGCAGUCUGCCCUAUUCAUUGGGAAACCUUCAUUUGAAAUUCUUGGCAAUAGAAGGAAAUCCUUUGAGAACUAUUCGAAGAGAGAUUAUAAGUAAGGGAACCCAAGAAGUCCUAAAAUAUCUACGGAGCAAGAUCAGAGAUGAUGGACCUACUCAAAGCAACUCUCUUACUGAGACUGCCAUGACACUGCCUAGUGAAUCAAGAGUCAAUGUACAUGCUAUAACCUCAUUAAAAAUAUUAGACUAUAGUGAUAAGCAAACAACUUCGAUUCCUGAUGAAGUAUUUGAUGCAGUAAAAAGCAACAUUAUCACUUCCAUUAACUUCAGUAAGAAUCAGCUCUGUGAAAUUCCGAAGAGGAUUGUGGAACUGAAGGAAAUGGUUUCCGAUGUCAACAUCAGUUUUAAUAAGCUUUCCUUUAUAUCCUUGGAAUUUUGUAUGCUCCAAAAAUUGACUUUUUUAGAUCUAAGAAACAAUUUUCUAAACUCUUUGCCUGAAGAGAUGGAAUCGUUGAUAAGACUACAGAUGAUCAAUCUUUCCUUUAAUAGGUUCAAAAUAUUGCCAGAAGUUCUAUAUCGUAUCCCCAUGCUUGAAACAGUUUUGGUUAGUAAUAAUCAGGUUGCAUCUGUGGAUCCUCAGAAGAUAAAAUUGAUGGAAAAUCUGACUACAUUGGACCUUCAAAAUAAUGACCUUUUACAAAUCCCACCAGAGCUUGGGAAUUGUGUAAAUUUAAGAACAUUACUCCUAGAUGGAAACCCAUUCCGUGUUCCUCGUGCUGCUAUAUUAAUGAAAGGAACAGCUGCUAUCCUGGAAUAUUUGAGAGACCGAAUUCCUACUUAA